GCGGAGCCAGAAAGCAACUCAGGAGAGAAGAGACACUGGAAGAGAAUUUCAUCUGACAACAAGAAGACUCAGCCCUGAACUCAGAGAAGAUGCUGUGCUCUCAUGGACUCCAGUCCGUCCUCAGUCCAUUCGUGGACGUCUACCUGCCUGUGCGCAGUCUGCGGCCAGAGGUCAGACCUCUGCUCCACCAGCAGCAUCUCCUGCAGAGGAACCUCCAGGAGCUGCUCGGCAGUCUGCAGCUGAUGGACAGACUUCAACACAACUUCCUGGAGCAGACGGAGCCUUUCCAAACCAGCGUGGCCCUACAACCAGCCUCCUACCAGCUGGACAAAGAGGGGGAUCACUUCGGCCUGACCGUGGAUGCUCGAGGCUUCUCCCCAGAGGAGCUGUCUGUCAGGCAGGUGGGCAGGAAGCUGAGAGUCAGCGGGAAGACGGAGAAAAAGCAGGAGGACGGGAAAGGCUGGUCCCCUUACAGGCUGCAGGAGUUCAGACAGGAGUUUGAUCUGCCUGAAGGGACCAGCCCUGAAGCCGUCACCUGCUGCCUGUCUCCAGACGGAAAGCUCCACAUUCAGGCAGCCAAGACUCCUGCUGAGGAGGUGGAGAGAGAGCUGACUAUCAGGAGGAGCUCCGAGGAGGAAACACAGCACAGUGUGUGUUCACAGGCUGAAGACAGCAGCACACACACACACGACACACAGGACAAACCUGAACACAUGGACUGAAGCUCCUGAUGAUGGACUAUAUAAC